AUGAAAAGCAGCUUGCAGUCCUUCUUAGUCGAACGGCAUACCCUGGAUUCCGCGAACAAUUAUCCAUCAAAUUUUGUUCAUCUUUUUUGUGGGGAGGUUGUGCUUUUGAGGAGUGUUGCGCGCGGGCUGCGCGGGGCUCCCUGGUGGAGUGGAGUGUAUUAUGACUGCUGCUCUUUUUGGGAGGGUGGGGCAGUUAGGGAGGCCUUAUAUAUCAAAUUAGAAAGGUUUACUUUCGCCUUCGGGCAUUUGGUCAAUUUGCAAAAAUACAGAGAAGAUUAG